UUAGGGUUUUUGGGCGGAUUAGGGCUUUAGCCAGAUUAGGGCAACUCUAGCCGCCAAGAACCCUAGGCGAGCGAGGAGGGAGGGCGAUGGCGGACCGCAACUACACUGUGCGCACGCGCAAGUUCAUGACAAAUCGCCUCCUCCUGCGCAGGCAGUUUGUCGUGGAAGUUCUUCAUCCGGGGAGGCCCAAUGUUUCCAAGGCUGAGCUCCGGGAGAAGCUCUCAAAGGUUUACGAUGUCCGUGAUCCCCAGGCGGUGUUUGUCUUUGGGAUGAGAACCAAGUUUGGCGGCGGCAAGUCCUCUGGAUUCGGUCUCAUCUACGACUCGGUCGAGGCUGCAAAGAAAUUCGAGCCAAAAUACCGUCUCGUCAGGAACGGACUUGCCACCAGAGAGCAAAAAUCGAGGAAGCAGCUCAAGGAGCGGAAGAACAGAGCGAAGAAGAUCCGCGGAGUGAAGAAGGCCAAGGCUUCCGGAGAGGCCCAAAAGGCAGGAAAGAAGAAGUGAUGUGAUUUUCUGGUAACAUCCCGGUUUUUGCAUACUUGGUUGGAUAUAUAGCUAACAUUUUGAAUCAAAAACCUUUUCUUUGAAAAACGA